ACAAGGAGUGGGGAUUUAGUUUAUACUGAUUACAAAGAUAGAACUGUGAACAUAGUUAAGAAUACACAGAUACAGACAGUGAUCAGACUACAAGGGUGGAGACCUUUGGGUGUAUGUAGUACCUCCUCUGGUGACCUCCUGGUUGUCAUGGACAGUGAUGAUAAACAAACAAAAGUUGUGUGUUACUCUGGCUCCACAGAGAAACAAAGUAUUCAGUAUGAUGAUAAAGGACAAUCUCUCUUUUCAUCUGGUUACUUUAAAUACAUCAGUGGGAACAGGAACCUAGAUAUCUGUGUGUCAGACUGGGACGCCCAUAGAGUAGUGGUGGUCAAUCAGGCCGGGAAACUCCGGUUUACCUACACUGGUCCUCCCUCUACUACCAGGGAACCAUUCUAUCCAUGGGGUACCACAACAGACAGUCAGGGUCGGAUCCUGACAGCAGCCAACCACCGUAUCCACAUCCUGGAUCAGGACGGACAGUUCCUUCGAUACAUUUACAACUGUCAUUUACAGUCUCCACGGGGUUUAUGUGUGGACACCAGAGACAACCUCUUUGUGGUUGAACAGUUCACGGGUAAAGUGAAGAAAAUAAUAUAUCUUGUAUAAACAGUCUGUGUAUUAUAUAUACACCGAUUAUACGUAUUGUAUGUAAACAGUUAAUCUGUUUAUAUGUAUUGAAUGAAAACAAACUGUGUGUAUCUAUUAUAUGUAAACAAACUGUGUGUAUGUAUUAUAUGUAAACAAAUUGUGUGUAUGACAUUACAUUAUAUGUAAACAACUGUGGGUUAUAAUGUCACCCCUGCGAAUGUGUUCGGAAUGUUUUCUUUAUCGUUGCUAAGUAUGUAAUACAAAUGAAAGUUCACGAGACUUCACCGAGAUUUGUUCAGUUCCUGUUAAAUUUCAAGCGGAAGUAUAAGUGUUCGGAUAAUAUUCUCAAAAUACGUAAGUACUGGUCGUUUUUCAUAUCGUAUCCUACUUUGGUUUAUGUUAAAACAUAAAAUUCUUUUAAUAAGUUCGUCUUAUAUCACCAUUUAGCGGUUUUUUAUAUUAAACGAUAAUAUUCAGAACAGAGUUAUCGUUCGUGUUCAACCACGUGUUGAAUGGUUGAAAAUACAAGUUUAGCUUUUUAAAAAAAGCUUACCGUCUUUAGAGCAAACUCUUAACAGCAAUAAUAUAUCAAAGACAAUUUAAUUAUUUUUUUUAUAUAAAUGUCGCCUUCUUCUCCAUGCAAUAGCGUGCCAAACUUUUUUUUUAAAUAUGUGCCUAAGAAGCGUGCGUGCUUAAAAAUUGUUUGUUGAAAAUUGUUUACAGCGUGUUAUUUAUUUGAAAUCGACUGUAGUAAGUAAAAAGAUAUCUUAAGAAGGGUCGUAUCAAUGUAGUAAAAUCAAAGUUAAUACAACUGCAUUCAGUAUCACUCAUUUUUAGGGUCUUCCGUUUUCCAACGGAAGACCUAAUUGUUUUCGUUCUGUUUCUUUUUCUUCGCUAUUUUUCUUUUUUUUCCAACAAAUUUUGUGCACGCGAUUUCUCUAAAACGACUCAACCGAUUUUUAUUAAACUUUCAGAUAUGAUAGAUACUGAUCUAAACUUUAUACUUAAUUUUUUAUUUUGACGACGUCAUUUCCGUUUUUGAUAUAUUGACGUUUUAGCGAUUUUUAGAGGGUCGGCUUGUCCUAGGAUCUUCUCCUUAACGAUUGAAGAUAUUGAGUUCAAACUUUCAGGGAUUGUAGUCGAAAGAUUGUAGAUGUGUCUUUAGGCAUUCAUUUUUGUCUGACUCAAAAGGCGCUGAAGCUCGCCUGGACCCGGAAAUUAAGAUUUAAAAAAGUCGUUAUUUUUUCUGGUUUUCUUUGUUUAUCUCUUAUCUGAAAAAUAUUUUGUUAAAACAUGUUAUGUAAAAUGUGUUAAGAAUUAAAUGACCUUUCAUUUGAUAUCAAGAAAAAGGGGCUGGCCCCUCAAAUUAGGGAACCAAGGGACUUUUAAGUCUUUCAUCUGUAGCCCUUUACUGAGGGAUAUUUUGUGAAAGGUUAUAGAAGCAAAUAUGUUUAUUUUACAAUUAUGUAUCCAAGCAAUGUAAUGAUUUCAUCAUGGGUUACGUAAUUAGGGGUUUUUAGGGGCCAAAAGUCCAAAAUUUUGAUCACCGAUAUCUCAGAAAGGAAAAAUAUUUUGAAAUGAAGUAUAGAGGAAAAGAUGCCCAAAAUGAUAUACUAAAUAAAAUUCAAUCUUCAAAAUUUCGUUAAACGGCCCCAAUAAGGCGAUAAGGGACCGGCCCCUUAAACAUUCUUUCCCAGAUAUCUCAAGAAUGGUAACGAAUUUCUAAACACUUGUUGAACAAAAUGUCUUUAUAAUUAAAUGACCUUUCAUUUGAUACCAAGAUAAAGGGUUGGCCCCUAAUAUUAGGGAAUAGAGGGCUCUAAAGUCUUUUUCCUAUAGCUCUUUACCGAGGGAUAAUUUGUAAUAGAUUAUAAAAGCAAAUAUGUUUAUAUCUUACAUUUAUGUAGCCUAACAACAUAAUGAUUUUCUAAUGUGUUACGUAAUUAGGGGUUUUUAGGGCUCAAAAGUCCAAAACUUUGAUCACGUAUAUCUCAGAAAGGAAAAAUAUUUUGAAAUGCAGUUUAAAAGAAAAGAUGCUCAAAAUGAUGUACUUAACAACAUGCAACCUUAAAAAUUUGGUUCAGUGGCCCCGAUAAGGAGAUAAGGGACCGGCCCUUAAACGUUUUUCACAGAUAACUCAAGAACAGUGACGAAUUUCUAAACACUUGUUGAACAAAGCUCUUACACCUAAAACAAAAUAGUAUCUGGCCCUUAAAUUGUAGACCCUCCUUUCCUGUUUUAAAUCAUUUUAACUGUUAAAUAGCAAAAUCAAGAUCGAACAUAAAUCUCAAGUUCUAAAAUCAGACAGAAGACCUCCUCGUUGCUCGCAACGAGAUCGUGUCUAGUUACUGAUAUUUUUUUUACUGAUAUUAGUUUCACCGUAUCUAAUAUACAAACUUGUUUACUGAUAUUAGCCAUACCGUAUCCAAUUUCAUUGGUAUUUGUAUAAUCAAAACAAAAAGAAAAGAACAAAUUAUUUCAAGAGAUGUUACAGAAUAAUGCUUUCAACUAGUUAACAGAAAAAUGAA